CGUUUAUUCAUCCGAGUUUGUUACACACAGAAACACACAAUCUCUCUCUCCCAUUUCACUAUAAAUGCACCAUCUGAUCACUUCCCUUCACCAAGCUUUCAUCUCAUAAUCCCAAUUCUCUUCGACAAUCAAUCAAAAUUCGAAUCGUGAUCCUUGUUGCUGUAUCGGAAAAUGGAUAUCGAUUUGUCACCAAAAAUGCCUAAGAAGUCAUACGGAGGUGCCGGAGGAUCGUAUCAUGCAUGGUGCCCCAAUGAACUCCCUAUGCUCCGCCAAGGUAACAUCGGUGCUGGUAAACUUCUUCUUGAGAAAGGCGGUCUUGCUCUCCCUCGCUAUUCCGAUUCUGCUAAGGUUGCUUACGUUCUUCAAGGCAAUGGAGUCGCUGGCAUCGUUCUACCUGAGAAAGAAGAGAAAGUCCUAGCAAUCAAAACAGGCGACACCAUAGCCCUCCCUUUCGGUGUAAUCACAUGGUGGUUUAACAAAGAAGACACAGAGCUCCAAGUCCUCUUCUUAGGCGACACCAAAACCGCCCACAAACCCGGAUCCUUCACCGACUUCUUCCUAACCGGAUCCAACGGCAUCUUCACCGGUUUCUCAAUGGAAUUCGUCUGUCGUGCAUGGGACGUAGACGAAUCCACCGCCAAAUCCCUCGUGGGUUCCCAAACCGGAAACGGAAUCAUCAAAGUCGAUUCCGGAGUCAAGAUGCCAGAACCAAACAAAGACCACAGAUCCGGAAUGGCAUUGAACUGUUUGGAAGCUCCAUUGGAUGUCGACAUCAAGGGUGGUGGUAGGGUGGUUGUGUUGAACACCAAGAACUUGCCUUUGGUUGGUGAAGUUGGAUUAGGAGCUGAUCUUGUGAGGUUGGAUGGGAAUGCAAUGUGUUCUCCUGGAUUCUCAUGUGAUUCUGCUCUUCAAGUGACUUACAUUGUGAGGGGUAGUGGUCGUGCUCAAGUCGUUGGUGUUGAUGGGAAACGUGUUCUUGAAACUACUGUGAAGGCUGGGAUGUUGUUCAUUGUUCCUAGGUUCUUUGUCGUUUCCAAGAUUUCUGAUAAUGAAGGCUUGGAAUGGUUUUCCAUCAUUUCUACUCCCAAUCCGAUAUUCACUCAUAUGGCUGGAAGAACAUCGGCGUGGAAGGCGUUGUCACCUGAGGUGUUGCAGGCUUCGUUCAAUGUGAGUGCUGAUGUGGAGAAGACAUUCCGUUCCAAGAGGAUGAACAGUGAAAUCUUUUUUGCACCAUCGAAAUGAGAAAGCUAUGGGUGUUACUUUUUAGGUUUUUUUUUUUUUUUUUUUUUUUUUUUUUUUUUUUUUUUUUGGUAGAAUAAUGGCUAGCAUUAUUACUACUUAAUAAUUUUUGGAUUAUGGUUUAUGGAUAUUGUUGCUUCGAAUAGUUUUGGUGUUUUGGAUUGGAUUGGUUUGGUUUUUUCUGAUAAUAGGAUGUUUUUUUGCACCAUUUUCUAGUAUUUCUCUCUUGCCUCUGUUGUUUCUGCUAUUUUUCUAUAUGUAUAGGGAGGUUUUCAUUUUUUUUAUCCAUGGAAAAAAGCACAGUUAGGGGUAUCGUCUCCAUGGCGAAAGUGGAUGGAAGUGUUGUUUAAUUUCAUAUUCUACUAAUCUUUCUUUGACUUGA